AAAAAUACUCGUACAAUAAUAAAGUAUAUUAAUAUAGCUUUUUAACCUCAUUUUACCAAUUCAAUCAAUCAGUCAAUCAAAUCUGAUCUGAUGGAGCUCACCUUGUUCCUAGGAAGGCUUCUUUUUGCUUCUCUCUUCAUAUUAUCUGCUCAUCAAAUGUAUAACGAAUUUGGAACUGAUGGAGGGCCCGCUGUUAAGAUUCUUGAACCAAAACUCAAUGUCUUCACUAAAUUGAUUAUCUCUAAAACUGGCAUAGAAGUUCCUGAAAUCGAUGUAAAAAAUGUAGUUAGGGCAGUGAUUGUUCUUAAAGGCUUCGGUGGAGUUUUUUUCGUAUUUGGUACUUAUUUUGGUGCAAUUUGUCUGGUUCUACACCAGCUUAUAUUUACACCUAUAUUGUACGAUUUCUACAACUAUGAUACUGAAGAUAAAGAGUUUGGUCAACUUUUUACUAAAUUUACACAGAAUAUGGCUUUGUUGGGAGCAUUGUUAUAUUUCAUAGGGAUGAAACACUCAAUAUCACUGCGCCAAUCACGGAAGGUUUCCAAGACGAAGACAAGCUAGUUGUGAUCUCCGUUGAUCACUGUCAAAGUGCUCAGCUUAGAUGACAUCCUACCUGUAAGAUACUUAGUUAAACAGUGGGCUGAAUCCCUUUAUAAUUGAUUAUCGAAACGAUGAUUGUAUUUUUUUUAUUACUCCAUAUACACUAGGGGACUAGAUGGGGUUCAUUAUUUGUGAUUUAAACUUGUCUACCCUCAAAUGUGGGGGUGAUUCAUAAUUGUAUCAAAUUGAAUGUUCAGUUUUACUGUGUUUAUACUAUUCCAGUAUUCCCUUA